AUGGAUAUUCACGAGACCCAGCGUCUCCUGGCGGAGUUUGUCCACGAACUCGCGAAUCUAUUCCACCGCGUUCCCGGUUCCGCGAUUCUUCUGCGAUACGUCAAGUCCAGCUAUCAGGAUGACCCCAUCAGAUCUGCGGUCGAACUGUUCCUAUUCCUAUUUGCUGUGCGCUACCUGUUGGCGCCGAAAUACUCUACAAAACCUGGCGUCGUGCCUUUGACCGAGGAUGAAAUAGACGACCUUGUUGACGAAUGGACCCCGGAGCCGCUUGUGGCUAACCCGUUGGCCUUGGAAGAGAUGGAGGUUGAAAAGCGGACAAUGAUCGUUGGUCCUGUCGGUCCAAAGUCGAAACUCUCCAACGGGCGCACCGUAAAUAACCUCUGCUCCUUCAAUUUCUACAACUUCAACACGAAUGAGUCGCUCAAAGAGCAGGCGAUCCAAACGCUUCGCAAUUACGGUGUGGGUCCUUGCGGACCUCGCGGGUUUUACGGUACACAAGACGUACACAUGAAGACCGAAGCCGACAUCGCUUCCUUUUUGGGCACACCAGCCUGCAUUAUGUACUCGCAAGCAUUUUCUACUAUCUCCAGUGUCAUCCCCGCGUUCUCCAAGCGUGGUGAUAUCAUUGUUGCGGACAAGGGAGUCGGCUUUGCUAUCCGGAAAGGUAUCCAGAUUUCGCGCAGCAUCGUCCGGUGGUACGAACAUAAUGACAUGGAGGAUCUGGAACGUGUUCUCGCCAAGGUCACCAAGGAACAAGCUCGCAAGCCAUUGACUCGGCGAUUUAUCAUUACCGAGGGUCUUUUUGAAUCUUAUGGCGAUAUGGUCGAUCUACCCAAAGUUGUCGAAUUGAGGUUGAAAUACAAGUUUCGUCUCAUCUUGGACGAGACAUGGUCUUUCGGUGUCCUGGGCCGCACUGGACGCGGCAUUACGGAACACCAGAAUGUCGAUCCUGCUCAGGUCGACAUGAUCGUUGGCUCCCUCGCCGGUCCGCUGGUUGGCGGUGGUGGAUUUUGUGCAGGGUCUGAAGAAAUCGUUCAUCACCAGCGUAUCUCAGCCUCUGCCUACACUUUCUCUGCCGCCCUCCCCGCUUUACUCUCCACCACGGCCAGUGCGACGAUCAAUCUUCUUCAAAGCAGCCCUGAAGUUAUCGGUCAGCUUCGAGAGCACACAAAGGCCAUGCGCGCCCAAUUAGACCCUCGCAGUGACUGGGUAUAUUGCUCCAGUGCCCCGGAAAACCCUAUUCUCAUCCUCGUCUUGAAACCGGAGGUUGUGGCAUCAAAGAGACUGUCUUUCGACGAUCAACAGUAUGUUCUUCAGGAUAUUGUCGACGAGUGUCUUGCCAACGGUGUCAUGAUUACUCGUCUCAAGGUUCUUGACGACAAUUUCCAGCCCAAGCAGAUCGUGUCUCCUGCGCUCAAGGUUUGUGUUACGAUUGGUCUUACCAAAAAGGAGAUCGAGAAAGCCGGAACCACCAUUCGGCACGCCAUCACAAAAGUCAUGAGCAAGAGAAAGUAA